AUUCCUCUCUGUGACUCUGUCUCUUCUCAGACAGAAGAAAAAGAAACUCUUGAUAUAAAAAAGAAACAAGUACUAUGAGUGUUCUUCCCCUCCUCUACAUCUACGAGUAGUUGGAGCGAGAAUCAAUGGAGGGGGCGACUGAGUGGCUGGCGCAGACCAUCCUGGGAACCCUGUCCAUCCCGCAGCUGCAGGCGUGGAUUCGCCGGCAGGGGCUUGGCCAUGACAUCCAGCUGCUCGAGUCGGAGGUCGAGAUGGUGGACAUGGUGUGCGCUGCCGUCAGGGACAGGGCCGCCGGGAACAAGCCGCUCGCCCGCCUCGAGGGCGCGCUCUACGACGCCGACGACUUGGUGGACGAGCUUGACUACCACCGCCUCCUUGACCUCAACCUUGACAGCCCGCCCGCUACAGCUUCAUUAGUCGUCGGGCGCAACGACACGGCAGUACAAUCUGCACACGCCGGCAUGUUGGUCCAAUCCUCUACUGCAGAUUCGCCGGGUGAUGGCUUGAGUCAGCAUGAUGGCAUAUAUGGGGCAGUGGUGGUGGAUAAUAACAAGGAUAACAAGUCAAGGACAGAUGGAGAUAUACGGAGUAGGCAGCGUGCCAAGACUCGAUCUGCUGUAUGGCAAUACUUUGUGGUCUCGGAAGCAGAUGAAUUCGAAAGGCCCGCGAAAGCUAAAUGCGUGAAAUGUGGCUCAGAGCUCAACUGUGGAUCCAAAUACGGGACAUCAGGCUUGAAACGCCAUAUCCGUACUGAGGCUUGUGGCAAGAAGAAAGAAGCAGCUGAGCAGGCGCUUAUUCCUUCAAGCAGCACUGGUGGUACAGGAAAUGGUGAAACUGUUGCACUUGGUGAUUCACGCCACACAAAAAGGAAGAGAAUGGAUGACGAGUCAACACACGCGACCAAAGCUAAAACACAAUUUUGGAACAAGGUUGAAUAUUCGCAUAGGAUACGAGUAAUAACUCGCCUGUUACAAGGCACAUCAAGGGUUCUGAUUAAGGUUCUCAAGUUACAUGGAACAGGCUUUGUUGCAAGCUCAAAUCAGUAUCCAAGUAAAACAUCGAAUCAACACCUACGAACAUCAAGUGUUGUUCCAAGGAAAGUUUAUGGAAGAGUUGCAGAGAAGGACUACAUCAUAAAUUUCAUGAGAGAAUACAAACCCGAUGGUCUAUAUGUUCUUCCUAUUGUAGGCAGUGCAGGAAUUGGGAAGACUACUCUUGCUCAGCUUGUAUACAAUGAUCCAACCAUGGCAGAGCGCUUUGACCAAAGGAUAUGGGUUUCGGUGUCUAACAACUUUGAUGAAGUGAGACUCUCAAAAGAGAUCUUAGAUUGUGUCUCUCAGCAAACACAUGAAGGACUAUGCAGCUUUUCCAAGCUUCAGGAGGUCUUGAAGAUGCAUAUCACAUCAAAGAGGAUUCUGCUUAUUUUUGAUGAUGUCUGGGAUGACUUCAACCUCUGCAGAUGGAGCCAACUAUUAGCUCCUUUGCAGUCUAACACUAAGGGCACUGUGAUUCUUUUGACAACUCGAAACUUGUCUGUUGCACAAACUGUCUGUACAGUUGAACCAUUCAAGUUAUGUGAUUUAGCAUAUGAGGAAUUUUGGUCAUUAUUUAAAUCAUGUGCAUUUGGUGAUGAGAACUAUGGCAGCAAUCAAAAUCUAAGCAGCAUUGGACUGCGAAUAGCAGAGAAGUUAAAGGGAAACCCAUUAGCAGCUGUAACAGUAGGCGGGCUAUUAAGGAUGAACCUUACCAUUGAUCACUGGAAUAACAUUCUGAAGAACGAAGAUUGGAAAUCUCUGCAACUAAAUGGAGGCAUAAUGACUUCUUUGAAGCGUAGCUAUGAUCAGCUCCCCUACCAUUUACAACAAUGCUUCUUAUUUUGUUCUAUAUUCCCCGAGAGGUAUCAGUUCCUUGAUGAGGAAUUGGUCCAAAUUUGGAUUUCAAUGGGAUAUGUGAAGUGUGACAAUUCAAGUAAGAGGCUUGAGGAGAAAGGAAUGGACUAUUUGGCUGAUCUUGUGAACUUGGGCUUCUUUGAGCAAGUUGAAAGAGAAGACACCUAUCCAGGUAGUCAAACUUGCUAUGUUAUUUGCGGUCUUAUGCAUGAUUUUGCGAGGGUUGUCUCAAGAACUGAGUGUGCAACUAUAGAUGGCCUGCAGUGCUGUGAGAUGCUGCCAACUAUACGCCAUUUGUCAGUAGUAAGUGAUCCUGGAUAUAGCACAGAUCAACAUGCAAGCAUACCUAGCAAUAAGAAGUCUGAGAAGAACAUGUUCGCCGGAUGUACAUCGCUGUGGAAAUUGAGGACAUUGGUAUUCAUUGGGCAGUAUGACAUGUUCUUCUUCAAAUCCUCUCCAGAUAUAUUCCAAGGGGCACAUAAUUUGCGCCUGCUGCAAAUUUCUGCAGCACCUGCUGGUUUAAACCCUUUACUGUGCAGUUUGGUGAAUUUGAAACAUCUUCGCUACUUAGACAUCAAAGCUGCUGAUGGGCUUGGGGCUUUGCCUCAAAUUUUGAGCAAGUUUUGCCAUCUUGAAGUAUUACAUGUUGGCUCAUACACCAAUCCUACUAUGCCUGUCAGGAUUGACCAUAUUUUCAGGUUGCGGCAUCUUGUUACAGAAGAGGAGGCAUACUCUUCCAUUGCUAACAUUGGUAACCUGACUUCUCUUCAGGAGCUACCCAAUUUUGUGGUUCAAACUUCCAGUGGCUAUGAGAUAAGACAACUCCAGUCCAUGAAAGAGCUUGUACAACUUGGGGUGUCUCAACUUGAAAAUGUUAAAACUCGAGAGGAGGCUUACGGGGCAGGACUCAGAGACAAAAACCACUUGGAAAAACUGCACUUGUCCUGGAAAGGUGCCUCGCCAGAUGAUGAAUAUGAUAGUGACCUGAGCUCUGGUAAUGAUUGGUUGUCAGUAGAGGUUCUUGAGGGCCUUCAACCACCCACUAACCUAAAGCAUCUGCAGAUAUCUGGGUACAGUGGGCAACUCUUCCCAACUUGGCUUGCCGACAGUAUCUCAGUUACUUCUUUGCAGACUCUUCAUAUAGAGAGUUGUGGAAAAUUGGAAAUAUUUCCUUCUCUUGUACAGCUUCCGUUUCUCAGAACGUUGAAGUUGAUGGCAAUGAUUAGUGUUACAGAAGUAUCAUUUCCUUCGUUGGAGGAGCUGGUAUUAAUUCAAAUGCCAAAGUUGGUUCGGUGUUCCUGCAUUUCCACUCUGGACUUGAGCUCCAAUUUAAGGUUUCUGCACAUCAAGAGGUGUCCUGCACUGAAGAUAUUUCCUCUAUUUGAGGUUUCCCAGAAAUUUAUAAUCAAGCAGAAAUCUUGGUUGCCCAGUAUUAGGGAACUCAUUAUCCAUGGAUGUCCUAACUUAUUGGUGCCACGUCCCCUUCCUCCUUCAAUUACCAUUUCCAAACUAUCCAUCGUCGAUGUCCCAACACUCCCAAGGAUAGAGGUGUCAUCUGGUGACACACUAACAAUUGGAUCCAGGAGUGAGGGCUAUGAUAAUUUUGAUAGUUCUUCGGACAUGAUGACUGUACUGGAUCGUGAAAUUUUGGCAUUCCACAACCUGAGGGGCCUCAGAUACUUGCGUAUAGACGGCUGCCAAAAUCUAGUGUAUAUUUCAUUCACAGAAUUAGUGCAACUUAUUUCUUUAAAGAGUUUGGAAAUAUGCUGCUGUCGAAAACUUUUCUCCUCAAAAGUUAUGCCAGAGCAUACCCGUGAAGAUGUGACAGCUGCAGAUCGCAAGCCCCUCCCAUCUCUUGUCACUCUCAGAAUUAAGUGUUGUGGAAUAGUAGGGAAGUGGCUGUCUUUGAUGCUGGGAUAUGUGCUGGCCCUAGCAGAAUUGCUUUUAGAGGAUUGUCCAGGAAUAACACAGUUAGCGAUAGAAGAGGAAGAAAACAUUCAAUCUUAUUGUACCUCAGUUCCAGUGGAUUCAUCAUCAGGAGGUUUAAAUGACACAUUUUUUACAAGCUCUGCUCAAGAUGGACUCUUAAGCCUUCCACCGAAUCUCAUGUCCUCUCUCAAGAGGAUGUCGAUUCGGGAGUGCCCUCGUCUAGUAUUUUGCGGGAACAACAAAGGCUUGUCUAGAUUUACCUGCCUUGAGAAGCUAACAAUCUGGGGAUGCCCCGGGCUGCUCUCAUCUUUGGUGGAUAAAGAUGGAAAUGAUGAUGAGAUGAACGGAAGAUGGCUCCUGCCGAAAUCACUUGUAGAACUUGAGAUCCGUGGUGAUUCACCAGAAAUGCUGCAGCCCUGUUUUCCAGAGAAUGUGAGCUGCCUCAAAAAAAUGGAGGUGUGGUUCAGCCCAAGUCUGAGAUCUCUACAGCUGCGUACCUGCAUGGCACUGGAAGAGUUGAUAAUUGUAAACUGUAGAUCACUCGCUGCACUAGAGAGCUUGCAAUUGCUUGACAGCCUUAGGCAUUUCAAAGUAUUCAGAUCCCCUGGCAUGCUUCCAUGUUUGGAGAAUUUGUCUUUAUGCCCUGGACUAGAAAGGCUUGUGAUUGAUGACCCUUCUGUCUUUACUGUGUCAAUCUGCAAGCAACUCACCUCCCUCCAACGCCUAGAACUUGAAAAAUGUGAAUUUGUGACCAGACUAACAGAGCAGCAAGAGAGAGGGCUUCAGCUCCUGACAUCCUUGCAAGAGCUGGAAUUCCGGGAUUGCCAUGAUCUCAAAUAUCUCCCAGGGGCAUUGCACCGGCUUCCUUCGCUCAAGAAGUUGAAGAUCAAUGGUUGUUUGGGAAUCUCAAGGCUGCCUGAACAGGGCCUUCCACUCUCGCUGCAGGAACUGGAUAUCAGCAACUGCAGCAAGGUGUUUAAUGAUCACUGCAAGUCUCUAGCAGCAGGGAAGCUAAAGGUCAAAAUUGUUGGAAAUACAGAAACUGUUUAAUGGCUGGGGUGCCGAGCACACUUCUUACCAGUGCUUUAUAAGGCAUAUUCUAUGGUUGCUUCAGUGAUGGGCCGUCUUCGGGAUGAGGGCAACCCCUGUGGAUCACCAGUUUAUGCUUGCAGGCCAAGCGUAAAUCAUAUGUUUGUUCCUUCUGUCAUCACCAUCAGUGGAGAACCACAUCUUUCAGUUGAUUACGGUGUCAAUGGUGCUUCUCUCUGAACUUGCUGGGAUUUCUGGAAGAAGGAACUGCGUGGCGGGGAUUGUUCAUUACAAGGUGCUGUGAUGAAGCUUCACCAAAAUUUUGUUGCGACACCAUAUGCACCGCCAUGUUGUAAAAUAGACCAGACCGAUCUAUCGAACUCGUAGCUCGCCAUGUUAUGAACAGCUUUGUUUCUUUUGUGUAUCCCAGACUAUAUUAUUUGGAUAAUGGAAUUUCAUUGAUACCAA